ACAGGGAUACCAAGCAUGAGAUCCCUCAGUUUAUUGCUACUCGGCGCCAGCUGCGCGCUUGUCAUAAGCUUCGCCUUCGCCCAUCCCCCCGAGGGAGUGUGGAAGAAGAAGCUCUCGUGGAAAGAGGACUGGGUUCAGGUUUGGAAAACCAUCAAGAAGGAGGCAUGGGAAACGAAUUGGAAAAAGGUUUCCGUGCCAAUUUGGAAGGAAGUUAAGGUACCCGUCUGGAAGGAAGAGAAGGUGCCAGAUUGGAAAAUAGUGAAAAAGCCCAAGUUGGAGGAGAGGGAAGUACCUGCCUGGAAGGAGGUCAAGGUGGCCGAAUGGAAGAAGAUCACAAAGCCAAUUUGGGUGCCCACCAAGGUGGCCGUGUGGAAAGAAAUCCAAGUUCCCGUUUGGAAGGAUGUUCAGGUCGCAUUCUGGAAAGAGAUCCAAGUGCCUGUUUGGAAAGAAGUACAGGUGGCAGACUGGAAGCAAAUGUUUGAGCCUCAGUGGGUGAAAAUGGGCAUUCCCGGCGAGAAGUUCCUGGGCAAGGAUCACGAGGGCUGGGAAUACACUAGCCACGAUCUGUGGCGCAAGAAACUCGUCUGGAAACCCGUGUGGAAAAAGGUGUGGCGCACCGAGAAGAAACAGGAGUGGAAAACCGAGAAGAAGGAGGAGUGGCGCACCGAAAAGAAACAGGAAUGGAAAACCGAGAAAGUCCAGGAGUGGAAACAGGACAAGAAGCUGGAGUGGAAGGAUGAAUGGAUUCAGGUCUGGAAGACAGUGAAGAAGCAGAUCUGGAUCAAGGAGAAGCGUGAGACUUGGAUCGAGGAGAAGGUGCAGAUCUGGCGUACCGAGAAGCGUCAGGUCUGGGCAACCGAGAAGCGGCAGGCGUGGAAGGACGAAUGGCAGUCGGUGAACGUGCCCGUCGUCAAGGAGGUGAAGGUUCAGGAGUGGAAAAAGGUGUGGAAGCCCGUUUGGGAAAAGGUCUGGGUGCCAGCCCCCCAUGGUCACGGAUGGGACUGAGUCGAUCUGCGGAAUGGGUUCUCUGGUUUAGCCGCAAGCUAUGCGACAGCACUGAUAUCUAAUAACUGAUCCAUGUCGCCCUUCUUCACUCUCUGUUCAUCCAUCCUCACUUCACAGAACACCAUUGUGUACAACCGACAUUGUUAAAUAGAUUUAAGCUCGUAAGGCAUUCAUUCCCCCACUGCAUCAUGUUGUAUAAAACAUUUCAUUAUUUCAGUUUUCGAUAUUUGUUUAACUCUUCAGUCCACUCUCUCUUCCUCUCUCUCUCUCUCUCUCUCUCUCACGCUACCUUUGUGUAUAUCUCCUUCUCUCUUCCUCAAGUGUACAAAUUAGUCAUGCGCGCGAUUUUGUCUUUAAGUUAUACAAAAUAAAAUCAAAAUUCAAUGAAACAACGAACAAAUGUAUACAAAUUUUGGUAUUUUCUACAUAUGUGUGUGUUUGUGUGAAAUCUGGAAACUAUCCACAAACGCAAUUGCCUUGUAAAUAUGUACUUAAACAUAAUUAUAAUCCACAUUAAGCUUACACAAGAAAACACU